AUGGAUAGUUCUUGUGACUAUUUACUUGUCCAGACUGGUAGUGCAAAGUCACUCUUUUGUGCAAAAACAUUUGUCAAGUAUAUGGACUUAGAUCUUCCAAGUUGCGAGAUGUAUCUCGGUUUCAAUGACUUCUUUGUUUAUGGUUCGUGCAAUGGAUUGCUGUGCAUCUGUGCUAACCAUGCAUAUGGGCCUUUGAACAGUUCCAUGUAUAUGUGGAAUCCAUCGAACAGAAAAAUCAAGAGACUUCCACAAGGUCUUUACCAAAAUGUGGGUAUUAAUGUCAGUCUCGGGUUUGGAUUUCACCGUCAGAAAAACGACUAUAAAGUUGUGAAGAUUGUACAUGGGGAAAUUAUGUACAAAGUUGAGGUCUACUCCCUUAGAUUGAAUUCAUGGAGAGAACUUGGUGCAGUUCUCCCCAUUUGGUCCUACUCUACAUACCUAAACAAAUCUGCAAUACAUGUCAAUGGAGUUGUGUACUGGAUGGUAAAGGAGAAAAACUCUGCAAGAUCUUUCAUACUUUCUUUUGAUAUGGACAAUGAGGUUUUCCAAAAGAUGGAACUCCCUGAGAAACUAGUCGGAGGGAUUGGUUCUGUUAGUAUCCAAGUGUUUGAGAAAUCCCUUUCUUUGAUACACUUGAGAGAAGAUGAGGAUAAUCUUGUAAGGCAUGUUUCUUACUGUGACAUCUGGGUUAUGGGACUGGAAACAUGGAAAAUGAUUCGCACGAUUCUUCUACCGCAAGUGAGACUUUAUCCAGCAUAUGGACGUAUGGCAUGGCCAUUGAGCUUUACAACAGAUGGAGUUUAUAUUGUAAGGCUGGAUGAAAAAGAAUUCCAAACUUUGGUUUUAUUUGAUCCUAUAUCGCAAGAAGCUGAGGCAAUAACUAGAGUUAAACCGGGUUUUUAUGGCUACAUUACCUACAUAUACAUGGAGGUCCACGCUUAUAAAGAAACUCUAAUUUUACUCGACUGA